GGGACGAGCCACGGCAGAGAUGGGCCCUUAAUUGAAAAGGACGGGCUGAGCAGAUAUUGGGGGGCGCAGCUUCAGACCCCCUCCCCUUCCUGCUGCGAAGUGAAGGGAGAUGUAGUUGGAGGAACAAGCCAGAAGGGGCAGAGCCCCCUCCUCCUCCUCCUCUUCCUCCUCCUCCUCUUCCACCUCCAGCAAGACCCAAGAGCGAGGGGAGUGGUCUGCCUGCAUUUGAAAAGGGGAGGGUGGGUGUUCAGGCAACUGAGGAAAAUCUCAGUGGUGGGCAGAAGAGGAGGAGGAGCCAAGAGGAAGCCAGGAGGGCUGGGGGGAUUGGAGGGUGCACCCGCAUAGGGAAUGCCAAGGCUCUAUCCCAAAUUAGGGGUGCAGGAGGUCCCCGAGUAGGUGUGUGGCACAGUGUGUUAGCUUUCUCUCUGAUUAAUGCACGGGGGAGGGGGGAGAACUCUUCUCACAUAUCAUUCCCUUGUUUUCUCCCAAGGGCAAAGAAGGAAAUAGUGGAGGAUAGAACAGGAAAGGGGGUGAGGUGUGGGGGAACUGCUGCUAUGAAUUUGUAAUAGCCUCUUUGGGGAGAUUGUCCCGCCCCUCUUCCCUUUUCCUCCCCACUCCUCAUUUUUGUUGGAGGGGGGGACUUGGAGCCGCACGCACACGCACAUCCUUCAGCAGCUGGCUGGAUCUCUCCCCCCCCCCUCACUUCCCACCAUGACAACAAAUCCAGCAUUAGAAUUGCCAUCCACCCCAUGGCCACACAGCAGGCUGCUGAUGGAUGAGGAAGAGUCUUUGGUUCCUAGAUGCGCUUCCCAAAGCCCAGAGAGUAGCUGAAGCGGGACAUAGCCAAUGUCGUCCAGCAAAGGGGCAGGGGCUGGAGCUCGCCGGCGGCGGACGCGGUGCCGGAAGUGUAAAGCGUGCCUGCGGUCAGAGUGUGGGGAGUGCCAUUUCUGUAAGGACAUGAAGAAGUUUGGGGGGCCUGGACGCAUGAAGCAGUCCUGCCUGCAGAGGCAGUGCACAGCGCCAGUUCUACCUCACACGGCCGUGUGCCUGGUAUGUGGGGAGGCCGGGAAAGAGGACACAGUGGAGGGUGAAGAGGAGAAGUUCAACCUGUCACUCAUGGAGUGUACCAUUUGCAAUGAGAUUGUGCAUCCAGGCUGCUUGAAGAUGGGAAUCGCUGAAGGGGUCAUCAACAAUGAAAUUCCAAACUGUUGGGAAUGUCCCAAGUGCAAGAGAGAAGGCAAAUCAAUGAAAGAUUCAGGGGAUGGCACAGGGAAGCGGCGUUCUGACAAUGGCGAGGAAGGGGUCCGGUGGAAGCUGACUGAUGAGCCUGCUCAGAACAAGAAGAAGUUGCCACCAGUGCCGCCUUUGCCCCCGCCACCUUCCGAGGAGAGUCAAGUCCAGACGGGUGCUCACAAGCGCAAGAAGGAGCUCCCAGCCCCCGAGACGGGACCCAAGAAGAAGUUAAAAGGUACCCGGGAAAAACAUUUGAAAAAGGGCACUGAGCAACCCCUUGAUGGAAACAAGUUGGACUCCAUGCAGACCUGGAGCCGCAUGGGCAGCGGUGACUUCGAGGUGAAGGGCGCCAUCUCCCACCCGUCAAUUCACCUGAGCCAGAUCACAGCCAGUGACUUAGAGAAACCAAAGGGGCCUCCUGGGCCUUUGGAGCCCUCUGCCCAGACAGACAAGUCCCAUCAGCGGGAGAAACUGGAGCGCUUCAAGCAGAUGUGCCAGAUGUUGGAGCGGGUGAAGAACAGCAGCAGUUCCAGCUCCAGUUCGGACUCGGACUCUGACACGGAUUCCCGGGGCUCCGACGGUUCCAGCGGAGGGGUGUCGAGCCGAGCCAACUCCCCGGCCACCCGUUCCCAGCGCUUGGCUGCCCUGGGCUUCAGUGCCAGUGAGGAGGAGGAGGAAGAGGAGGAGGAGGACGAAGAGGAGGGUGGGCGGCGUAACGGCAGCUCCGAGACGACGCGUAAUGGCAAGCAGCCCAAAGCUCGGAACUCUCAGGAGAAAGAAAACAAUCACCGCCCGUCCAGCAGGGGGAGUGAACGGGCCAAGCAGCAGGCAGGGGGCCGCAAGGCUGGCCGGCCUGCUGGACAGACAGGGCUCCGCAUGGUAGCCCGGACUCAGUUUCUUAACUGGCCUCUGGUGCCGUCCCCUCCCAAGCCCCUGCUGCAGCUGGAGAGGCACGUGAUCCGGCCUCCCCCUGACAGCCCCGAACCUGACUCCCUGCCCUUGGACAGCGGCUCUGACCACAUUGUGCAGCGGGACAUUUGGUUGGCCGUCUUCCAAUACCUCAGCUAUCGGGAGCUCUGCGUCUGCAUGAGGGUGUGCCGGACGUGGAGCCGUUGGUGCUGUGACAAGCGGCUUUGGACGCACAUUGACUUGAGCCAUCGGAAAUCUAUCACUCCCUCCAUGCUGAGUGGUAUCAUUCGCCGACAACCAGCCAGUCUUGAUCUGAGCUGGACCAACAUCUCCAAGAAGCAGCUAAUGUGGCUCCUGAACAGGUUGCAAGGCCUUAAGGAGCUCAUCCUAACGGGCUGCUCUUGGUGCUCCGUGUCAGCACUCAGCACAGCCAACUUCCCCUCCCUACAGCUCCUAGAUUUGCGCUGGAUUGAGGACGUCAAGGACUCUCAUCUCCGCGAGCUGCUCUUGCCUGCCACAGAUGCCAAGCCUGGCCAGACGGACAGCCGGGGCCGACUCCAGAAUGUCUCUGAACUGCGGCUUUCCGGUCUGGACAUCACAGACGCGUCUCUGCGCUUGGUAAUCCGGCACACCCCUCAGCUUGCCAAACUGGACCUGAGCCACUGCAACCAUGUAGGUGACCAGUCUGUUAACCUGCUGACCGCUGCUAAUUCUCCACUCCGAGAGACCCUCGCUGAACUCAACCUCACCGGAUGUAACCGGCUGACGGACCAGUGUCUGCCCCUUUUCCGCCGCUGUCCACGCCUCUCCCGAAUUGACCUGCGUUCCUGUCACCACAUCACGACGGAGGCCUGUGCCCGAUUUGCCGAGGACUCGGUCUCCAACAGCGGUGCCGUCCCCCCCGCCCCCGGUGCAUCAUCACCUCCUUUUCGUUGCCCCGAGGAGAAAUUGCUGCUGAAGGACAGCUAAUACUCGCCCUGGGGUGGAGGCGCAGAAAGACUCAGCUUCACCAAUCCGACCGUUGGACACGGACUCUGAGAGAACCUUUUUACUUAAAGCCAUGCACUGAACCAGAGUGGCAUCUCCACCCCCUUACUUGUGCAGCAAAGAGGUGCGGGGGUUGUGCCGCUUCCCCAGGUCUGGCCUGCCGAGGGCCAGGUGGCCUUUUGCUCCAUCCACUUGUUCCUGGACAACCGCGGAGUAAGUGGGGUCCGAGGUAGCCUUGUCGCUUUACAAUGCUGGGGAAAUGCGUAUUCCUCCCACCAUGCACUGCGUCGUCCCCUUCUCCCCCCCCACCUCCAAAUGUCCCUCUGUGCCGCAAUUGGUACACCUCGCUCUCGGGGUAGCGGGGGGCGGGGGCGGGUUGACAUUCAGCCUUGAAAUGCUGGCUCAGAAGGAAGGCAGCUUCUUUUAUGGGGUCGGAUAUAAUUACGUUUUUCUUGCCCCAUCCCUCGCCCAAUGCAAAUGUGCACUCCAACCUCAUCAGUCCCCCCACAUGCUGCCUUGAUGAUUUUUAAAGGGUGUGUGCGCGUGUGUGCGUGUGUGUGUGCAUGCUCGUCUGCCUGUCCCUUGCCCAGCCAUCCCUCCCAACUCUGCAUAGGCAGUGUGGUUUUCCAAGGGGGCCAAGGAGGAACCAGGCAGCUGAUUUCUAGAUUCCCUGCCCUGCCUUUUCCCACCAUGUACCUGCCAGAGUUCUCUCCCGCCUUCGCUGCUGUCUCUUUCCCACUGCAGUGGAUUGUCCUUGGAACUGGCACAUCCAUUUGAGCUGCUUCCUGCAUCUGUGCCCUUUGUACGCAAAACUGCCUCCCCACCCACUAGCUGCAGACCAGAAAUCAUCUCUACAGGUAUCCUUCCCUUUGAUUUUCUUCUCCUCCCUCUCCCUCCCAGCUGAUCCCAGGAUGCAGCCGAGGCCUCCUGUGGAUGCAGCCCUGCCAAACGUUGACCCGUGUGCCUCACGGGAUGCCCACUCUGUGAAACUCAUGUGCUGCAUUCUGUGUGCACGGUGUACCUGCUGCUGUCGUGUUUACCCACUAAAUCCACACACGCAUGCUCUCACAAGCCACAUGUAUGGACAGAGUCCCUGACCAAGCAUUAGUCCUCUCCUUAUUUGCCAGGUCACGUUCCAUCCCACAUACAUGUCUCCGUGUACGUCUUUGCUGCUUUUGUCCAGUGUGGACCGCAAGUGGGGGAAUGGGCUUUUGUUCGUGGACCAGAGGGAUGAGACCUAAUACUGUUCUGCCUUUCCAUCCAAAAGGAAGGAGUAAACUGGCAUCUCCUGCCUCACUUGGCCUCAGGACCCUUCGGUGAGGAAAGGCCUUAGAAAUCUCUCUCCCCCCUCCCUCCCUCGUCACUUGGGGAACACACCUGCCUUUGCUCCCCCACCUGGAAGCAUUACGCUCUACAGUAUCCUAUCAGGUCCCUGGGCUGUUCGUGGAGGAAAUUCCCCCAGGCUGUUUUCACCCCACCUUGGCAGGCUGGUCAGGCGGUGCAGCUCUUUUAACUCUGUUGCCCCAGCUUUUGUGCCCACCACUUUGCCCCAAAGCUUCCCUGUUCCUUCCCAGCACAUCCGAGGAGCUUUCUUGGAUUCAUCCUCAGAAGCACCCAUCCUUCCUUCCCCUUCCCAUGGCAUGACCACCCCUCUUCAAAGGACGUUGGUUUUCUGCUUCGCUCUUGGAUGUUGUGUGAGGCUCUGCAUUUUUAACAAACCCAUUUCUCCUCCUCCUCCCUUCUAAAAACUCCUUUUCAACUCUGGACAGACACAAGCCCCGCCACCCACCCUCCCAGCUUCUUACACCAAUCCUCUCCCUCCUUUGCUUGGUUUUAUUCUUUUGGUCCAUAAGCUUUAAUAGCCACUCUGGGGGCAGAGGGAGCAGGGGGCUGUGAUCCUUCCCCACAGUGCCAACUGUGGUUGAGCUGGAGUCAGCCGGGCCUUCUCUUAACUCUGGCUGCUCUCCGCCACCGAAUCUCAAACUUGAACCCUGUCCAGCUGUUCGGGUAUGCGUGUGUGUGCUUGAGUAUGCGUGCAUGUGGGAUCCCCCCCACCCCGUUUUUCUUUUAAAGGUGGGGGGAGAGAAAUACUGUAGAAAAGAAAAGUGGUGCAAAACGAAUGUCCUGGACCGAGGCUGGGCCCGCCAUCGUCGGUCAUUUUUGCUCCUUCUGCUUGGAGGCGGGAGCACGUGGUAAAUGCUGCUCCCCAUCCCUUCGGCCACAUUCGUCUUUGGGGUCAGGUGGGGACUCGCUGUCUCUCAAAGGUGCCCAAUUCUGUCCAUUUUGCUUUCACUGUCUUUUAUUUCUUCUCUUCCUCCUCCCCAGCAUCCCAUUUUGCUUUCCUCUUGUCUGGCUAGCAAUGGCCUAGAUUGGAUUGGGGAAGAGCAGCAAAGAAAUAGGAAAAUCUCUCGUUCAUCCAGUCUAGAAUCCUCCUCUCUUGCUACAACGGUUUUUCAGAAGCCCGUCUUUUCUCCCUUCCUCUUCCUCUCUUUCCCUCCCUCUCUUUCUGUCUCCUCCCUCACCCUGUCUGUCACCCUUCCCGCCCGGUGCUUCAUCUGGAUUUUCAGAUGGCACCAGACACGCAUCGCCCUUCUGUGUGUGUGGGGAAGGGGAGGGUGGCUCGAGACUGGUUUUCAAUUUGGUCACAUAACUUUUUUUUUCUUUUAAUAUAUACUUGAACGUUCAUUUAUUACUAAAGCAUUACUUGAAAAAAAAAAACGCAGCGAUAGCUUGUGGAAUCGGAGGCGAGGUUUUCGGUGUUGGGUUGUUGUUUUUUAACGGUUCUGUUGGGUGCUUUUUUUUAUUGUUUUAAGAAAAUUGGUUUUGUUGUUUCUUUUUUUAUUUUAUUUUUUAAUUUGUCGGAUUAAAGAAAGUCCUUCCCUCUCACUCCAUUAACCAAAGAGGGCCAAGGUAUCUUAAUUUUCCCUCCUCCACCCCCAUUUCUGGAGGAUUUUUUUUCACUCCCGCAGAGGAGUUAUCUCCUUCUGCCACACCUCAGAAACUCUUAUGAAGCAAGUAUUAAACCAUUUUGAGGAGGGGAGGGAAGGCUUUCAGGCCAAGUUUGGGUGGAAGUAUUGUACAUUUGAGGGAGGGUGUCAGUGGGCCUCUUCCAAAUCCUACGGCACAGCAGAAAUAUGUACUGUAUGGCCUGCCCUCGAUUCAGUGGUCCUGUCCUGACCCCUUUCACACACUCCAUGGUUCAGACAAGGAAAAUGGGUUUCUUUCCAACACAGCCAACCUCCUCCUUGGCUUUGGGUCUCCACUCUUCAUUUCUCCUUCCUAUAAAAGGAGAUGUAUACACUAAGAGGGAAGAGCCAUCUAGCUUUGGGUGGGGGCUUCCUGUGGGAGAGCAGUAAAGGUAAUAGAAAAGGAAGAGUGGGAGGAGAAUCACACGCUGUGUGCCAUGGUGACCCUCCCACCCUCCGCUUUUCCUUCUCAAAAGAGAGUGGCAAUGGCCAAGGAAGUGCUCUUUUCAAGCAUAUCUUUUGGGGUUUGUUUAUUUUUUUACCAUUGUUUUUAAUGGAUGUUUUAACUAUUAAAGAAAAGAAAGAAAAGAAAAAUACCUCAGGUUUAAAAAGAAAUGGUGAAGAGUGAGAGGGGAAAACAUGGGAAUGCCAUUCCAGGGUUGCAUUACUCUAGAGCAGCAUUUCUCAACCUUGGCAACUUUAAGAUGGGUGGACUUGAACUCCCAGAAUUCCCCAGCUAGCACAGCUGGUCACCCUAACCCUAACCCUCUUCCCUCUUAGUGUAUACAUCUCCUUUUACAGGAAGGAGAAAUGAAGAGUAGAGACCCAAAGCAGAGCUGGCUGGGGAAUUCUGGGAGUUGAAGUCCACCCAUCUUAAAGCUGCCAAGGUUGAGAAACGCUGCUCUAGACUGCUGCUUUAGGGUCUGUACAUGUGGGGCAGGAAGCCCACUGGACCAGUGUGGAGAGGCAUCCAUGGCUUGGUGCUAGAUUUGGGUGGAGAUAGAUACAAGUGAUUGCCCUCCCUUCCAUCGCCCUAACCCUCAACUCAGUUUUCCUCACCCAUUAUCACUCCAAAGACAGAUGCUUGCGUCCCUGUGCAGGCCUGUCUCUCAAUCCCAAUGGAGCAUGGAAAAGGAACAUGGAGAAACAUCUUCAGUGUCCCCCCACCCCACCCCAAGAUGUAGCCUCCUAUAAAAUAUUCCAAGACCACCUUCAACCUUGAGCCUCAGAUGUGUUGAAGUCUACAUCUCAGUAUCCUCAACCAGCAUGUUUGUUGGCUGCAAGUGAUAGGCAUUGUGGUCCACCAUCCCUAGAGAAGAUCCAGUUGGGUAAGGCUAAGCUAGGCCAUAGGUCUCCCUGACCCACAGAAACACACGCACAAACACGCACAGACAUCUCCCCAAUUUAGUGGACCAAAGCUGUAUUUCCACCACCACCAUCUCCCACCGACCCAAUUCUUCAUCCUUUGGCUACAACUUUAAUCUUGCAUAUGCCCACAUUUCUCCUCCUCGCCUAUAAAUUGAGACAAAGACAGCUGGGGAUGGGGGAGAAAGCAAGGGGGUGAAACAAUUUAAAUGUAAAAAUCCAGUUUGGAGCGAUGUGUCUUCGCGAUGUUGGUCCUGCACAUCUCCAUCCUGGCCCCUUGGGACUCUUCAGGUGGGGAGGGGGGGGGACGUGAGACCAGGUUCCAAUCUGAAUUUCAGGGGUUCUAUUAUUGUAUAAUAACUGUUUGCUAUAUAAACAAAAAAAAUCAAAAAAAGGAAAU